GUAGUCGUGUGGAAGAGACUCUGAAGCGAAGGUUGGUUGGGGAAGAGAGAGACACACACCCAUCCUCACACAGUCACAGCGGCCAUGGAGACGGCCAUAUGUGGAAGAGUCGCUCUUUCACCUAAUCAUGUCUUCACCCCUAAACCAGGGGAUAAACAAUCUCUCUAUAAAGGACCAUGUUCGAAUCGGGGCAUUCUUAUGGUUGUAUCAGCCACAGGAGCAGGCAAAGGAGGUGGUUUAUUGGAAAGGCCAACCAUUGAGAAAACUACACCUGGUCGUGAAUCUGAGUUUGACUUGAGGAAAUUAAGGAAAACAGCCCCACCUUACCGUGUCAUGUUGCAUAAUGACAACUACAAUAAGAGAGAAUAUGUUGUUCAGGUUCUGAUGAAGGUUAUACCUGGAAUGACCCUGGAUAAUGCAGUUAAUAUAAUGCAAGAAGCACACUACAAUGGCUUGGCUGUGGUGAUUAUUUGUGCUCAGGCUGAUGCUGAAGAACACUGCACGCAGCUGAGGGGCAAUGGUCUUCUAAGUUCAAUUGAGCCUGCAAGUGGCGGUUGUUGAAGCUUAGUCCUGGAAAAGUGCAUAUAAUUCUACUAUUGUUUAUCAAUGUCCUUGGUAUAGUAUUAGAAAUCUGCUUAUUUGUACAUAACUAGACAAAAUUUCCAUAUUACUAUCAACCUUUACUUGAUCAAACUAAGACAAAGGAGAUAGAAGAUACAACAUUGGAGGAGAGGAACUCAAAUGGAAGUCACUUGUACAGUUCAUGGUCUUGGCCUGUAUGCAUGAUUUGUGGCUUGGAUAGGAACAGUUCAGGUAUGGAUUUCCUUGGUCUGGGCCUUGCGGGUGCAUUAAGGAUUGUGGACAUAUAUAUGGAAGGUGAGCUUUUUGGUAGUUUUCCCAGCAUGUCGAAAUGCUUGACAUUGAAGCUUCUGUUGUAGGAAGAGUAGAAUGGGAAAUGAGUUAGAUAUGCUAAUAGACCAA